UCUUAUAAUUCUUUGGAUAUCAGUUAAUCUAAAUUGUCCUCUCUUCCUGUGCCUGUCAGGGCAACAACAAGCACACAUAUAUACUAUUAUAUACAUAAUGGGAGAUCUUGAAACAACAGAAGAAGAGACAUCGAGAGAGAUUGCUUUUGAUUGGAAGGGCAGAAUCUGCAAGUCCAACAAACAUGGCGGCAUGUCAGCUGCUAUUUUUGUUCUAGGUCUUCAGUCAUUCGAGAUGAUGGCGAUUGCAGCUGUUGGGAACAACCUAAUAACUUAUGUGUUCAAUGAUAUGCAUUUUCCUUUGUCUAAGUCCGCAAACAUAGUCACAAACUUCAUUGGCACCGUGUUCCUUCUUUCUCUUCUCGGAGGUUUCCUUUCUGAUUCCUAUCUCGGGAGCUUUUGGACCACAUUAAUUUUUGGCUUCGUGGAGCUUAGUGGUUUUGUUCUACUCUCGGUGCAAGCGCAUCUACCACAACUAAGGCCUCUUCCUUGUAAGAUGGGGGCUUCGAUAGAAGGCUGCCCCGAGGCAAAAGGACUCAAGGCAUGGAUAUUUUACACUGCUUUGAGCCUUGUGGCACUAGGGAGUGGGUGCUUAAAACCCAAUAUUAUAUCUCACGGAGCAAACCAAUUCAAUGGCAAUGUCAAACAAUCAAAGAAGUUAUCUACUUACUUUAAUUGCGCUUAUUUUGCCUUUUGCAUUGGGGAGUUGGUUGCCUUAACUCUCCUCGUGUGGGUUCAAACUCACUCGGGCAUGGACAUAGGUUUUGGAGUCUCAGCUGCAGCCAUGUGUGUUGGAAUUUUUAGCUUCAUUUCGGGCACAAUGUUCUAUAGGAAUCAACCGCCUCGAGGAAGUAUCUUCACUCCCAUUGCUCAAGUUUUUGUAGCCGCCUUUACAAAACGAAAGCAAAUUUGCCCGUCAAGCUUGGAUAUGAUCGACCAUGGAAGGAAUAACGAUGAACGUGAUCGCCUUUCUACUAAUACUAGAGAUCUUCUACACACCAAAAAAUUCAGGUUUCUUGACAAAGCUGCUAUAAAAAUUCAAAAUGGAACGGAAUCAAGUGAAAGCCCUUGGAGAUUAUGCUCGAUAACUCAAGUUGAGCAAGUGAAGAUAAUAAUCUCGGUUGUCCCCAUUUUUGCUUGUACCAUAGUUUUCAACACCAUAUUGGCUCAACUCCAAACAUUCUCGGUACAACAAGGAAGCAUCAUGAACGCUAAACUCACUAACAAGUUCCAAAUCCCACCCGCAUCCCUCCAAGCCAUCCCAUACAUCAUGCUCAUAUUCCUAGUGCCACUAUAUGAGACGGUCUUCGUCCCUAUAGCAAGAAAGGUAACCGGAAAAGAAUCCGGAAUUUCACCUCUCCAAAGGGUUGGCAUUGGCCUUUUCAUCGCAAGUUUCUCUAUGGUAUCGGCCGCAGUUAUGGAAAACAAGAGAAGGAAUGCAUCAAUUAAGUCGAACGAAACACUUUCAAUCUUUUGGAUCGCUCCCCAAUUUCUCAUCUUUGGCCUCUCCGAGAUGUUCACCGCAGUUGGACUCGUGGAGUUCUUCUACAAGCAAUCCUUGGAAGGGAUGCAAUCAUUCUUGACCGCCAUGACAUAUUGUUCAUACUCAUUCGGAUUCUACUUGAGUACUCUACUUGUUUCCUUAGUAAACAAGAUCACAUCAUCAUCAUCCAAAGGUGGUUGGCUAAGCGAUAACGAUCUUAACAAAGACCGUCUAGACCUCUUCUAUUGGUUGCUAGCCCUUCUUAGCCUCUUCAACUUCUUCAACUAUCUUUUUUGGUCGCGAUGGUACUCUUACAAUCAUCAAUCUCUAUCACCUACCCCGUUACACGUACAAGGAGGAUCAGAAAGUUGUGGCACUACAAAACGCGUCGACCAAAUUAACAAUAUAAAUAAAUCAUAAAUAAUCUAAGUUGGAUAAUUUUCGCAAAAGUCCCUAUGAGGAAUAUGCUAAUUGUCUUCUUUUAUUUGUAUAUUUUGCUCUAUUGGCUUGUAAUCUUUGAAGUUAUUGGAAGUAUAUCCAACAAAUUAGUGAGUUAGGUUUAAAUCCUAUGCCUAAGAGUUUAUAAAAAAAUACAUUAUGAUUCAUAUUAUUAUAUUACCCUUACAUGUU